GGGACUGUGGGACUGUAGUAUGGGGUUGUGUGUGGGAGCACAUCGCAGUUAAAGAGACACAUUUAUUUACUAAUUAAAAAGCCGAUGUGUGGAUUAAGUUGUUAAAUGUUUGUGAAAAAUGUCGAAUCCUGGCGGUAGUAGGAGGAUUGGGUCGAUGAAGAUCCGAUUAACGAUAUUGUGUGCCCGUAAUCUCGCAAGGAAAGACCUGUUUCGUCUCCCGGAUCCUUUUGCCAAAAUCACUGUCGAUGGUUCUGGACAAUGCCACAGUACCGAUACGUGCAAAGCUACUCUCGAUCCAAAAUGGAAUCAACAUUACGAUUUAUACUUGGGUAAAAAUGAUGGAAUUACUAUCUCAGUAUGGAAUCACAGGAAAAUACACAAGAAGCAAGGUGGAGGUUUUCUCGGAUGUGUUCGAAUAUUAUGCAAUACUAUUCAGAGGCUCAAAGAUACAGGAUAUCAACGAUUGGAUCUCUGCAAAGCGAAUAUGGAUGACACUGACGCAGUCAAAGGUCAAAUUGUAGUUUCCCUAUUGUCGCGCGACGGUCAUAAUGGUGCAGUUAGCAACACUGUUGGGCACAAUGCAGUUGUUGACGUUCUCGGCGACUUGAGUUGUCCCACGGAUCUUCCCGAUGGCUGGGAGGAACAACGAACCGCAAGUGGUAGACUCUACUACGUCAAUCAUUAUACCAGAACUACUCAGUGGAUUCGUCCGACAGUCAGAGCUAGCAAUAAUAUCAUACCGACGACGCCUGAACCGCCGCCUGUAAUUUGCUCUGAUACGUUCCCGGGUGGCAGUGCCAGCGAAAGUCCUUCAAGGCAAUCGGCCGAGUGGAAUACGGAGAGAACUCCAAAUAGGGAGGGAACUCCGAACAGAACUCCGAGUAGGGAAAAUUCCGCACAAAAUACGCCAACGCAACAGCAAACGCCGAGUCAGCAGAAUACUCGAAAUACGCCUCCUUCUUCAUCGGUCAGAGAGAGAAGACCCGUACCAAGACCCAAUGAUGAACAAAACGGAAAUCCAAACGGAAAUCUAAGAGUUGAACGUCCUUCCACCAACACAAAUCAACCCCGAAGGCCUAAUCGAACUAAUCGCAAUCGUAACAGUGGGUUUAUUAACGGUGAAAGGAGAAGUGAUGUGCAACCUUUAGAUUUACCACGUGGUUAUGAAAUGAGAAAAACGCAACAAGGACAAGUUUAUUUCUAUCACGUACCAACCGGAUCAUCAACAUGGCAUGAUCCUCGGAUUCCUCGCGAUUUAUCAGCCAACGAAUUGGACCUCGGCCCUCUCCCAAGCGGUUGGGAAAUGCGCCAAACACAAAGCGGAAGAGUCUAUUUCGUCGAUCAUAAUAAUCGAACAACACAGUUCACAGACCCUAGACUCUCCACCCAAAUCAUCAAUAGUCUAUUAAAAAGGCUGAAUGUCGGAACAACAACUCCUGUCAACAACACCACUAAUUCAACGACAAGAACAACUGAAACAACAACAGUAGUCGUUGGUAAUUCAUCGCCAACACAACCGACAACACCACCAAAUACAAAUCAGCCAAGACCACGCGUUGAACCAGUAGUGAGCAAUAAUAAUUCAAUCACCGAAACUCUACCGAUACAACAGACAAUUUCCGAUUUACCGAAGGAAUUAAUGGAAAGUGAAUUAUUGCCCAAGUAUAAAAGAGAUCUUGUAGCAAAAUUAAAGUGUUUAAGAGCUGAAUUAAAUGCUUUACAACCACAGAGCGGUCACUGUAGAUUGGAAGUGUCGAGGAACGAAAUAUUCGAAGAGUCUUACAGAUUAAUAAUGAAGAUGCGUCCCAAAGAUAUGAGAAAAAGACUUAUGGUGAAAUUUCGUGGUGAAGAGGGUCUUGAUUAUGGUGGCGUUGCACGUGAAUGGCUUUAUUUAUUGUCGCAUGAAAUGUUGAAUCCUCAAUAUGGACUCUUUCAGUAUUCAAGAGACGAUAAUUAUACAUUGCAAAUUAAUGCCGACUCGGGAAUUAAUCCGGAACAUUUGUCCUAUUUUCAUUUCGCCGGCAGAAUUAUUGGUAUUGCUGUUUUUCACGGUCAUCAUAUUGAUGGGGGAUUUACAACGCCAUUUUAUAAAAUGCUGCUUAACAAGGCGAUCACUCUCAGUGACAUCGAGGGUGUUGAUCCUGAUCUUCACAGAAGUCUCACUUGGAUGCUUGAGAACAGUAUAGACGGUGUUCUGGAUGCGUCGUUUUCGGUUGAGCACAGUAGUUUUGGUGUUUUGCGAAAUCACGAAUUAAAACCAGGAGGUAAAGAUAUGACAGUCACCGAGGACAAUAAGAAGGAAUACGUUCGUUUAUACGUAAAUUAUCGUUUCAUGCGAGGAAUCGAACAGCAAUUUUUAGCUUUGCACAAAGGAUUUCAUGAAUUAAUACCGCCACAAUUAUUGAGACCGUUUGAUGAAAGGGAACUCGAACUCGUUAUUGGCGGACUAGGCACCAUCGAUAUUAAUGAUUGGAAAACGCAUACAAGACUAAAACAUUGCACACCCGAUACACCUGUUGUCAAGUGGUUCUGGCAAAUUGUCGAAUCCUACAGCGAGGAAAUGAGAGCAAGACUGUUGCAAUUUGUCACCGGGAGCUCCAGAGUUCCACUUCAAGGUUUCAAGGCUUUACAAGGAUCUACUGGAGCAGCUGGACCCCGACUUUUCACAAUUCAUGCGGUAGACGCACCUAGUGAAAAUUUACCGAAAGCACACACUUGUUUUAAUCGAAUAGAUAUUCCUCAGAGUUAUCCGUGUUAUCAGAAGAUGCUCGAUAAACUUACACAGGCAGUUGAGGAAACUUGCGGAUUUGCCGUCGAAUAGAUUUCAAAGAGAAAUUUUUAAGAAGAAAGAAUUCGUCAUAUUGGAAAUUAAUACGUACAAUGAAAAAGGAAUAUGAAGAUUUUUCUGCUGACUUGGGUACGUACCUGCAUUUCAUUACAAGCGAAUUAGAAAUUAAAAAUUAAACAAGCGUUGCAAUUUUACCAAAUUUAGCUUAAACAAAAUACGAUGCACUAAUUUAAAAUUCCCAUAAACAAUUAUAUUUUUUUUAUGUACUUUGACGCUAAUAAUACGAGAUUUAUUUCAAUUUUCUUUUUAAUAUUUGUAUUGUCUCAGUAAAUAUUAGAUUUUUCCAAAGUUCUCUAUUGGCGUAUUUGUACAUAAAUUAUCGAAUUUUUUUUAAAGACUUUAAUGUUUCAGUUCUUUUAUCCAAAGUCUUUAAAAGUGCUAUUUAUUAAUUAACAUGAUUGUAAAUUUAAUGUAUUUUUAUUGUUUUGUAUUGAAAAAGACGUGCUCACGUGGCAAAAAAUAAUUUUGUGCAUCAAAUUGUCAGAUGUCUUUUUAGAUCAAUUUUUGUUCGGCAUCAUGACAAAAGAGAUGAUUAUUAAUCAAAGCAAUAAAUUCGAAAAAGGUAUAAAAGAAAGAGAAUUUAUCGACAAUAAAAGAAAUACAGGAAAAUAACAUAUCAACACUGUUUUCAACGAUUUUCGGAGAAAAGAAAGAAACGAUAAUAAUAAUCGUAAAAAAUGUUUUAAGAGAAACAAAAAUACUAUACCAUAUCGCAACGAAUAUCAUGAAAAGCAUUGCCUUUUUACUCAAGGAGUAUAAAUACUUUACGUGCCUCUAUUUGAAUGUUUACACAAAGCACAGGCUUAAAUGGAAACAAAAAAUGAACGUAAUGCUUACGGUUCGAUUGCACUUGUCACUUCGCGUUAAUCUGCCUUCAAAAACAAAAAUUGGUGAAUAAAUCUUGUGUCCCAGAUUUUGAGUUGAAAAUCGAAAAAUCAGGAAAUUCUUUCGAGAAAUAGAAAAAAAAUUAAACGCUCAUUCUGUGAUUACUCUUUUUAUUCACCAAUGAAAUUUCUCGUAAAGUAUUCAAAACAAUUUAGUAAUGAUUCAAAAAGAAUAAAAAUAAAUUUUUAAAUUAACACAAUUCACUUAGAAUUUAGGCAAAAUGUUGAAUUUAGAAUUUAUUUUAAUCACAGCGAAGUUGAAAUGAAUGAACAGCGAAGUUUGCCACGACAAAUUGUGAAUAAUUGAAAAACAUUUCUUUAGUGAAGUGUUGCGGAUCUUUUCUUUCAAUUAGUCCGCUCUGCUAGGUCUAAGAUUUGUUGGAAAUGCUCUGCUUUUGAGCUGAUAAUUAUAAAUAAACAUGUAAAUUAAUAUUAAUUUAAACCGUAAAUAUUUAAUAAAAAAAAAAGAUUCUAUUGGAAAAAUAGGAACUUAGGCUCAAUUGGAUCAAUUAAUAAAAUAUUUUUGUGUUUCGUGCGUUGAUGGGGUUUUAUAUUAUAUCAAGGCUGAUCAAUUGACAAAAAAAAAAAUAAAAAAUUUUUUUAUCGUCUUUUUACUUGUUACAAUGUCAUAAAUCUAAAUUUAUAUCGCGCCCAGAACUGUGAUCAAUCAUAUCGCAAGAAUAGAUAAAAAUUCUCCUCACACAGAGAUUGUUAGGUGAAUUGUUUUUUUGUAGUUUUUAUGUGUAUUAUAAAUUUAUAACAGUGAACUGAUGUAUUUUUCACUGCGAAUAGAAAUCUUUCGUAAAUAAUUGCGAUUGGCAAUAUUAAUGAAUUUACAAAUGAAAGAAAAAUAUCUUAGUUUAGUUCUUAUGGUUAUGUGUUGGAGGAAGAAAAAAAAUUUUCUAAUUAAAAGGAACAUAAAAAACAAAUUCUAAAUAAAGACUGAACUUUGCAGGAUUCGAUAUUUUCAGAUUUAGUAGUUUUCUAAUUAAUUAAAAAUUAAUUAAUUUUUAAUUAAAAAAAAAAAAUUGUUUUGGAAAAAAAUUCUUUUUUUUUGAAAAUAGAUUUGUCGAUCACAGAUUUGUGCCAACUUUUACAAAUUCGAAAUACAGAGUCCUUACAAAUUUUAAUUAACGUAAAAAAAUAUAAUCGGUUAGAUGUUUAAGAAUAAAUUAUGUAGAAUUUUUUUUUUUUUUUUGUUAUACGUUAAGAGAAAAUUAACUCUUUUGGACAUACAUUUGUUGAAUGCCUGAAGAGUGCCUUAGAAAAAAAAAUUGCAACCAGUACAAAAUAAAGCGCCCUAUCUGCAAUAGAUAAAUGUAAUUGUAAAAUUUUGUAAAUAUCUGAUUGCAAAAAAAAAAAAUUACUACACCCCAAGUUUAAAAAAUUAUACACACAAAAGUUUAUUUACUUUUCGAAUUUUGUUAUAAGAAAAAAAAAAUUAUCGCCAAAUAAAAGCUAGAAAUUAAUUGUAUUGUCACUGCACGAACAUAAUUAAUUAGGUAGUGAAUUGUAACAAUAUUAUUAUUUAUUAGUAUUAUGUAAAAUGUUCAUAAAAUCCUGUAAACUGAAA